AUGAUUCAAUUUGGAGUUAUAGCGCGAAACUUUUCCAGUUCUUCUGUCGUACAAAGUGCAGUAAAAAAUGUUACUGUUAUUGGAGGUGGACUGAUGGGCUCUGGAAUUGCUCAGGUAGCGGCCCAAGCUGGUCAAAAUGUGACUUUAGUAGAUGUAAGCUCAGAUGUGUUGGCUAAAUCUCAAAAAUCUAUCGGGAACAACCUGGGGCGAGUUGCAAAGAAGAUUUACAAGGACAAUCCAAAAGAAGGUGAAAAGUUUGUAACAGAGUCUUUGGCCAGGAUUAAAACUGAUACUGACCCUGUCAGCGGAAGUAAGGGAGCUGAUUUGGUAGUGGAAGCUAUUGUUGAAAAUAUUAAUGUUAAACAUGAGCUUUUCAAAAAGCUUGAUGCUGCUGCACCGAGUCACACCAUAUUUGCUUCAAACACUUCGUCUCUGUCCAUCAAUGAAAUUGCCUCUGUCGUAAAACGCAAGGACAAAUUCGGUGGUCUCCAUUUCUUCAAUCCUGUUCCAGUGAUGCGUCUUCUAGAAGUGGUGAGAGGGAACGAAACCUCGGACGCUACAUACAACACUAUGAUGGAGUGGGGCAAGGCCGUCGGCAAGACUUGUAUAACUUGCAAGGACACUCCCGGCUUUGUUGUUAACAGAUUGCUGGUCCCGUACGUUGCUGAGGCUAUUAGACUGUUUGAGAGGGGAGACGCUUCAGCCCGAGAUAUAGAUGUAGCCAUGAAACUAGGUGCCGGCUACCCCAUGGGCCCGCUGGAGCUUGCCGACUAUGUGGGCUUGGACACUAAUAAGUUCAUCUUAGACGGAUGGCAUAAGAAAUACCCUGAAGAACCCCUCUUCAAACCCGUCCCACUUCUGAACAAGUUAGUCAGCGAGGGCAAGCUUGGGGUAAAGUCCGGUGAAGGCUUCUACAAAUAUGAGAAGAAA